AUGUUAGGCUGGGUUCUUCGACGAGGGUUGGAGGGCGCGUCGGGGGGAAACAGAGGAAACGCAGGCGCAGACGACACAACGCAGAUUGAGCAACCAGACACGCCCGCACCGGUUUUUGCUGCUCGCGCACUCAAAAGCGCCAUCUUUGGAACACCCGCACGACCUGACGACGACAACACUGCCAGUAUGGCGCGUCGCAAAGACGAAGACGACUCUGACGCCGAGUCCCGAACCCCGAUGAAACAACCACAAGGAAUUCUUCUUACCCCAGGUACUGGAACAUCUCGGCGGAAGCGUGUGUCGUUUGGGCACGACGUGUUAGACAAUAAGAAGGCCGACAACAGAAAAGCCAAAGAAGUAGACAUUGACGAACGACCUGGAAGGUUCCCAGACAGCUUCGCGGACACAAGCAGUGACUCCGCAAGCAAGCGCACCAAAUUAACCGUGACAAUGGAAAACUCCCGACGCAACAAAGGAACUUCGAGCUCGCGGGAGAGGAGCCAGACACGCACCACCACAGCUAGAGGCGACGAUGCGGAGGACGAAUGGGAGGAAGCUGACGACGACCAGUGCAUGCACGAUAUCACAAUGGAUCUUAAUGAGCCCCAUUCGCGGUCGGGCAAGUACUGGAAGUCGGAAUUCGAACAAUAUCACCAGGACGCUAAAGCCGAGAUGGAGAAAUUGCUCAAGUACAAGCAACUAGCCAAGUCGUAUGCCAAAAUGAAGGACGCCGAGGCCAUCGACCUGAAUGCCAAACUCAGAGAGGAGCAAGAAAAGGCUGCCAAGAUGGAGAAGAAGAUCUCCGAGAUGGCGGCGCAGAUUGCCGCGAAGCAACGAGCGAGCGGCGAAGAGAGGGAUAACCCCCAGCUCAUGAAGGAUUUGGCCAAACAGACUGCCGUGGCUGUCGAGUACCGGACGCAAGUGCAGGAACUAGCGGCUCUAUUAGAAAAUCGCGACAAUGGCGACGACGAUGAAGGGGAUGCACGAAGCAGGCGUAGGCGCCAGGCUGCCUCGCCACGAACGCACAAGACCUUGCUCGAGACCCAGCGAGAAUUGAGAAAGGCCAGGGCACAAGUCAAGGAGAAUGGGCAGCUACGGGAGGAAGUUGAACGGCUAAAGUCCGACCUCCUAUCUGCUGAGCAACGAGCAAACAAGCUCGCUGAAGAAAACAAACGACUGGCCGAGCAACAACCCUUACAGAACAAUGAGCAAAGCAAGGAAGCCCCAACAUCUGGAAAGCUCGUGGACGAGCUGGAGCAGGCAAUUCGGAGAAAAGACGACGAGAUACGCAAGUUGAAGUCGGAGUUCGAGGAUUACAGGACGGACGCUGAGGCCACGCAAGAAGAUACGCGGCGCAUCUUGGAGAAGGCAACAGAGAAGAUCAACGAGCUUAAGAGGGAAAACAAGACUCUCAAAGCAGGGGUAGCUGAUGUGCCGAGGACGAGAAAUACCGCCGCACCCCCUGAACGAGAGCCUGCUGCGCGGGAACACCGGGCCCAGGAAACGGACCGCUUCACUGCGGAUCACAAAAGCCGCAAGUCCUCGGCCGACGCAGGCCGCCGGAGCUUCGACCUGGUAGAAUCGCUGGGUAGGAAGCUCAACGAGCCAAAGUCUCAAAAUCUUCGGGACAAGUACCAGCGAGACGCCGACUCCCCCAGCUCAGGAGACGAGCCGCCCGCGCGGGAGCCACCGAGGCGCCCCCAGUCAGAAAUCUUUUUGAACCGCGUCAGCCUGGACAAGCCUAAGUGGCGACCCUUCAUCCCAAGAUCCCCCCGCAACAGAGAGUAUCUGGGUUCUGACCUGAACGACCGGAUCGUAACCUCGAGCGAAAUCCUGUCAGGCAACACGCCGGCACCACGACACAGGUUUUCCAGCAAGGACGAGGACGCACCAAUCGACCUAUUGCAGGAUCGUUUCGCCCGGCUGGGGGGGCCGGGCGAGCCUGACGUCGAGGCCAGCACCAUGCUAGUGGCAAACACGUCAAAGAGCACGUUGCCUCCGCAGAGACGAGCAGCGGCAAUCGCGCGAAUAGAACAGAGAAAGGCCGACAAGAGACGCGCAGCGUCGGGCCAGAGCAACAAUAAGGAGAACAUGCGACCACAGCGCUCAUGA